CGCAAGAUGGCCGCGGCUGAGGGGGACGGUGGUGUCCGGGCCGAAGCUGACCGGGAAUUAGAAGAGCUUCUGGAAAGUGCUCUUGAUGAUUUCGAUAAGGCCAAACCCUCCCCAGCACCCCCUCCUACCACCACGGCCCCUGAUGCUUCAGGGCCCCAGAAGAGAUCGCCAGGAGACACUGCCAAAGAUGCCCUCUUCGCCUCCCAAGAGAAGUUUUUCCAGGAACUGUUUGACAGCGAGCUGGCUUCCCAAGCCACUGCAGAGUUUGAGAAAGCAAUGAAAGAGCUGGCUGAGGAAGAGCCCCACCUGGUAGAGCAGUUCCAGAAGCUUUCAGAGGCCGCCGGGAGAGUGGGCAGUGAUGCUACUUCCCAACAAGAAUUCACCUCUUGCCUAAAGGAGACAUUAAGUGGACUAGCCAAGAAUGCCACUGACCUUCAGAACUCUGGCAUGUCAGAAGAGGAGCUGACCAAGGCCAUGGAAGGGCUGGGUAUGGACGAAGGGGAUGGGGAAGGGACCAUCCUCCCCAUCAUGCAGAGCAUCAUGCAGAACCUACUGUCCAAGGAUGUGCUGUACCCGUCACUGAAGGAAAUCACAGAAAAGUAUCCAGAAUGGUUGCAGGCUCACCGAGACUCUCUACCUCCAGAGCAGUUUGAAAAAUAUCAGGAACAACAUAGUGUCAUGGGCAAAAUAUGUGAGCAGUUUGAGGCAGAGACCCCCACAGACAGUGAGGCCACUCAGAAGGCUCGUUUUGAGGUGGUGCUGGAUCUUAUGCAGCAGCUGCAAGAUUUGGGCCAUCCUCCAAAAGAGCUUGCUGGGGAGAUGCCUCCUGGCCUCAACUUUGACCUGGACACCCUUAAUCUGUCGGGCCCACCAGGUGCCAAUGGCGAACAGUGUCUGAUCAUGUGAAACACAGCACGCUUUCUUCCCUGAUUCCCAGCCGUGGGGGAACGUCUGGAGUCAGCAGAACCACUGAGAACUGAGGCAGGAGUGUCGUCUCCCGGAGUGGCUGCCCACUGCCAUCUGUCAUCCCACCCAAGAUUGUGCCAUACCAGCUGAGGCUUUUUCUCUUUGUAGGAAUAAGGCCUGUUCUGCAGAUCAUUACUGUGAACCCUUUCCAUUGUGGUUUCUGCUGCUAGCAAAGGCCCAACUACCUUCCAGGUGAAGGAAGGCGACUUUUUUGGGGCAGGCACCUUUUUCCCUCUCCCAAAGUAAUGUUCCACAGGGCCACACUGAUGUUCACUUUUGUAUGGGGUCUCCGUGCCUUGUCUCCACUCCCUCUCUUGGACCUGGGCAGCAGGGACAGAGCCCUCAGACUCUGUGUUUCUGUCCUUAAGCAGGGCCUCUAGGAAUGCGUGUGAGAAAUAGCCUGGACGGGGGCCGUAGGUCUGUCACCACACACUCUUGCCUUCAGACUGUUCUGAAUUCUCCAAAGUAAGUGGGGGGCUUUUGCAUCUAAUCACAGGUUGAAAGAGAAGCCCUGGAAUUCUCCUCUCUCCAGGUACAGAGUCCUCAGCUCCCUAUCCAGCCUGAGAACUCCAGCAGCUGCCCUGGUUCUUUCUAUAAUGCUAUGUGAUCUGGGUGAACUCAGCCCUUGACCUUCCUUUACCCCCUGCCUCUCCUCUCAUCUCUCUACUUUAAAUACCUCUUUAUUCCAACCCUUGUCUGAGCCCAAACUGUGACAAAAAAGGGCCUGUCUUUGUCCUGUUUCCUCUGUUCGAGUCCAUCCACCACUCUCACCAGUCCUGCUAUCUCGCUGGCAAGCGUAUAUAAUUAUAGUGUCAGUCUAGGAAAUGAAUGACUGUUCUUCCCCAGUUGCAUACAGUUUUCUUUUACACAUUCUCACUUCUGAUUUUGAAUGCUGCCCAUGGAUUCAGGGAGGUAGCCUGGGAAAAGGGGGGUGGGAUGCAGCCUGUGCCCUUUUUCCUGAUGAAAAAAUAUUCUGAGUGAGGACUGUAGCCUGUAUUUCAUCCAACUCUUUUCCUAAUCUUCCUUAGUUUCUCUAAGCUGCUCUGUGAGGUAUGUUAGCUUAACAUUGCUGGGUUCUACCAUCACCUCUCUUCCCAGCUCAGUCUACACUUCAGUUGGUAGAGCAGACUGAAUGACCAUCUUUCCUCAUUUUCUCUGUUUUUGAAGCCUUUCAAUUGGUAUUGUAUUUUAACAUUUUACAUUAUUAUGUUAUUGUUAGUAAUGUAUUGUUAACAUGUUUUCUAAAUUUUUUUGUUGGAGCUGACCUUGCCUUUCACUGUGGGAGCCAAUGGAUCUGUAGAUCUUGGGUGCCACAUGUUGGCGGAUAUUCUGGUUCAGACCAGCUGGCUGUCCUGGUUCAGCACUCAGAAAAUAACUACCGGAGCAAAUUUGUACUUACCAUUUGUGGCACUCUGAUCACCUGACAUGACACUUUCCCUUGGGUUAAGACUUUUCUCCCCUUAAGGUCCCCGACACAUUCUGUGGUAUUGGUGAGGAAGGAAAUAUUUUUAAGACCUCAGGCUGUUUAGGAAGGUCCAGCUAUUGUACCUUAGAGUAGGGAAGAGCCCAGGUUUGAGUCUGAGACUGCUCGCCUCUGCAAGAGAUGGGAAAGUACAAGCGGACUUGUGAUGAUGGUCACAGGACAUGAAUGGCCAAAAUUCUCUCCUUUUGCUCUAGCCAAAAACUGAACGCAGCUGGGCAGGGAGGUGGGAAGGACAAAAGGGCCCUACCCACUUGACCUGUGUGCCAGUGUUCUUGUACACAUUCUCACUUCUGCCGGCCUGGCCAGGACUUACUCCAGGAACCUAAACAGAUACCACCUUAGUUUUGUUCCUGAGACAUUCAUUUUCAUUUUGAUUGAACAUGAAUUGAUUGGCCUCAGGUUACUGUCUGUUCCAGAAAUACUAUUUGAACUAUUCUAGGGCUCAUGGAAAGAUAGAGCAGUCUUUCUCAAACUGGUAAAGGUCCUUUGGUAAAGGACCAGGUGUUUUGUUUUAUAAGUAUCCUGUCCUUUGUCCAGCAGUAUGUUUUCCAUAUGCACAGUUCACAUUGUUGGCUACCCACCAUAUAAGUUUGACAACACCAAAUUAACCAAAUCCCUCCUGCCUGAUAAAGCCACUCCUUACGCAUUCAGAUAUUACAGCCAUGUCAGAAUGCUAGGGACUUCCCUGACAGUCCAGUGGUUAAGGCUCGAUUCUCCCAAUGCAUAGGGCACCAGUUUGAUCCCUGGUCAAGGAUUUAAGAUCCCACAUGCCACAUGGCACAGCCUAAAUAAAUAAAUAUGAAAAAAAAUGCUAAAAAGUUUCUAAAAACUGAAUUUCUAACUCCUCUUGUUGCAGACUGGUAAACUCACGGAUCAGUACAAAUUUCCAAUCGCCUGAGUAGCUCUGCUCUGGGGCCCUCAGGCUCUCCACAGCUGCAUCAGCCAAAUAGAUACAUUUCUCUACUUGUUCCAUGAGUGCUGCUUUUAAUGAACUUUUUCUUUAGCUAGAAUGUGUAACUGUAAGGAAGUUUCUAGUAUUUUUCUAGCCUUCCUUUUGCUACUUAAAAUAACCAUUACAAAGCUUA